AUGUUCAAAUCCAUGAGUCCCACAGACAUACCAAACAACACCCAUCCCCCACCACCUUCCCAGCAACCUCCUCCAGAAAUCGCUGCCCCAGCAUCUACUGACGGCUCGCCCAUCCUUCCAUCACCCACAUCCCUCACAUCCUCGUCGCCCUUCCCGCUCAUGGAGUCCUCCUCCAGUGCCCACGCCCCUGUGGUGGCCACCUCAACUACUUCCAACGUCCCCACCAUCGACAAUACCCCCCGAACGGAAAACCUUGACGCCGUGCCUACCGAAGACCCCAACGAGCUCAUCCGUCAGCGCAUCAUUCUCAAGGAACAACGGUUGAACGAGAUUAAGAACCAGUGCUCGGCCUUGAUCAGCGAGCUUGACUCCAACAAAGACCCGGAGGCCAUCGUUAAAAAGCACAUCAGCCAGCUAAAGAAGUACCAUGAGCUAAAAGACAUCGCGCUAGGGCUUGUCACCAUGAUUGCCGACCAGAGACAGUUGAGAACGACCGAUAUCUUAGAGGAGAUGAAGUUCGAGCUCCUGGACGAAUAG